GCACCAUCCAAAAGGUCGUCCUCGCCACCGGUACUGCCAUGUUCAACGCGCCACGACCAAUGGCCAGUUCUUAUAGCUAUACUGACCCUCUGUCAAAUUCGGCUGCGGCUGGUGCAGCUUUCGGGGAGCUGGAUCCCUGGAGCAGCGCCCCCAGCCCGGCGGGGAGUGUAACUCCUGCAAGGGCUACUGCAUCCGCAUCUGAAGGCAGGAAUAUAGCUGCGAAUGGCAAUAAAGAAGAAGGGCUGAAUGGGUUAAUCAACGAUCCGCCUGCGCUGUACGUCUCUUUGCUCGACCAGCUAGAUACUAGUGGUACUGGGGAGGUAUCCUUGGCUGCUGUCCAUCGAUUACUAGGUACUAGCAAGCUGCCUGCUGUGGUCGUUGAAAAGAUCAUUCAUCUUACAUCUCGAGAUAAAUCAACUCUCACUCGACCCGAAUUCUUCUGCGCUCUGGCCCUUGUCUCACUCGCCCAAUCGUCCCCCGAUCCCAAUGAUAUCUCAAUUGAAAAACUCUCCUUUUCCCUUUCCAACCUUCCUUUACCCAAGCUCAAACCCUCUGAUCCUCCGUCAGUCUCAUCUGGUGUGGCUGCUAGUACUGCUGCGGCCACUGGGUUUAACGCCUGGGACGGGACUAUCAAUAAAGGCACGACGUAUAGUGCGAAUAACAGCACUUUCAGAUCCACUGAUCCUAUGGUAGAUAACGCCGAGGACAGAUGGUGGAAGGAUCAAGAACGGAUAGUGGUGACUCUCAUACCUGAGAAGGAAGGGUGGUUUUUGCAAAAAUAUCGGAUAGAAAGUGAUAAAAGAGGAGAAGGACCUGUGGCAAGGAGGUACAGUGAUUUCGUGUGGUUGAUGGAUGUUCUGGAGAAGCGAUAUCCCUUCCGUAUAUUGCCCCCUCUUCCGCCGAAGCGCAUAAAUCCGUCUUCUGCUUUCCUUGAAGCUCGUCGCCUAGCUUUGAUUCGCCUCUUAUCUUUUCUCACUGCUCACCCCGUCCUCCGCACCGACGCAUGCCUCAACAUUUUCCUCACCUCGUCCUCAUUCGAAUCGUGGCGCAAGCGCACCCCUGUCUCCACAGACGAAGAAUCACUUUCCAAAAAGUUGACCACGGCCCAAGAGAUGUCAAUCCCUUCCGAUCUCGAGCUCAAGCUUGACAAUUUGAGAGAACGAUUACCGGCAAUGUUGGGGCAUUAUACUCGAUUAGUGGUGAUGGCCGAAAGGAGCUUGGUGAGGUUGCAGGUGCAAGCCGCUGAAGCCGCCAGAAUGGCGAUGAGCACGCAAAGUAUUGGAGAGUUGGUGCCCAGAUGUUGUUGGAGGAGUGUGCAAGGUGACGACGGUGAGAGUGGGAGAGGAGUAGCGAGGGAAUGCGGACUAUGUGAAGGAGUAGGAAGGGGGUGGGGAGAUGUUGGUGACGGAUGGGUCAGUGUUGGUGAAGAGCUCGAAAAAGGAGUGCAAUUAUUACAAAAACACAUUGAAUCUCUCAAGUCACAACGUGAUCUCUAUUCGUCAUUCCAUGCCCUUUUCUACCGACAUAACAAACUGUCACUGGACAAUGUCGAUGUUCUUCGAAAAAGGGUAGACUCCCGGUUCAGUAAGAUCGAGUCUCUCAAAUCCGCAAAAAAGCCUGGGUGGGAGGGUGAAGUCGAUAAGCUUGCCAGCCAAAGCGACAGAGACACUGCAGAAAUCCAACGUCUAUUAGCCAGAAGAGUGUUCGUGAGAGCUUGUAUGUGGCACGAAUUGAGUGUGGUGUUCCAUUCGAUGCAGGCUGCCCAGGGCACCAUGGGUUGGAAGGACUUCGUGAAGGAUCAGAAAGAAAGGACAAAGAGAUUGAACGGUGUUUGGCAGGGGUUGGAAGAGACUUUGGAGAGUAUGCCGUUGGAAUAAGGAAUGUUUGUAGAUGUGAUGACCUUCUAUGCCAUGCUGUGAUAGUCAUCAUUAGCUACACGAAUAGGUGAAGCUAUUGAAGUCA